ACCAGCCGUUGAUGCGCGCAGCCCUAGUAUAAAGCUGAAGCACCUCGCCCUCUGUCCGGCAUCGAAGAGCAAGCAGGCGAAGCAGCAAUGGCGCAUCAGGAGAUCGAGCACACCCAGCUCCCCGUCCGCGGGAUCAACCUCCACGUCGCUCAGGUCGGCAAAGCAGGUGACCUGGGCACGGUGGUGUUCCUGCACGGCUUCCCGGAGAUAUGGUACUCUUGGCGCCACCAGAUGCUGGCCGUGGCCGCCGCGGGGUACCGCGCCGUCGCGCCGGACUGCCGCGGGUACGGCCUGUCCGACCAGCCGCCGGUGAACGAGGAGGACUCCUGGGUCUGGGACGACCUCGUCGCCGACGUGCUCUCCAUCCUCGACGCGCUCUCCGUCCCAAAGGCGUUCUUGGUGGGCAAGGACUUCGGCGCCGUGCCGGCGUACGAGUUCGCGCUGCAGCACCCGGACCGCACCUGCGGCGUGGUGUGCCUCGGCAUCCCCUUCAGCCCCGUUCCCUUCUCCUUCGACGACGCCAUGCCCGAGGGCUUCUACGUCCUGCGCUGGGGUGUGCCUGGCAGAGCGGAGGCUGACUUCGGCCGGUUCGACGUGAGGCGCGUGGUGCGCACCGUCUACGUGCUCUUCUCCGGCGCCGACAUCCCGAUCGCCAAGGAAGGGCAGGAGAUCAUGGACCUGGCCGACCUGUCCACGCCCCUCCCGGAGUGGUUCACCGAGGAGGACCUGGACGUCUACGCCAAGCUCUACGAGAAGUCCGGCUUCCGCUACCCACUCCAGAUGCCAUACAGGUCUUUACACAAGAUGCCGAACCGGCUGGACGCCAAGUUCCAGGUGCCGGUGUUCAUGGUGAUGGGGGAGAAGGACUACUGCUUCAAGUUCCCGGGGUUCGAGACCGCCAUGCGCAGCGGAAUCAUGAACAACUUCAUGCCGGACCUCAAGAUCACCUACAUCCCGGAGGGGAGCCACUUCGUGCAGGAGCAGCUCCCGGAGCAGGUCAACGAGCUCCUCCUCGACUUCCUCAAGGCCAAGGGCCACCCCGUCGCAUCGUGAGAAUUGAUUGGCAUCUGUUGCCAUCGGAUGAUGCUUGGCCCUGGUCUGAAUUUUCUUUAUGCGUCUUGUUGAAUUGAUUGAUUUGGGGAUGCUGUACUAUCUCAACUCGCGAUUAUGUUGGAGCAAUUUGCUUGACGGACAUUAUUGGUGCUUCGCCUGUGCAGUGAACUGAUGGAAAGAAUGAAAAUGAAGUGUGAAGCAUCUCGGUUCUAAAUU